AUGGUCGAUUGCACAGCAAAUAUCAACCCCAAACUUCAAGGGCAGUACCUAUCCGAAGAAGUCUUAACAGCCAGGGAAAAACGCAAGAGUUUUGCGAGGUAUUUGAGGACUGGGUCGUUGGUGCUUUUUGCUGGGGUAGUUUUGCUACUGCUGGGUUGCUUCGGCAUUCGCUACUACUGGAAAGGCAAUGGAAACAAGGUGUACAACACACUGUACAGGAUAAACAUCCAUGGCGCUAUCGAGGAAAGUAUAAUGGAGAUUAAUGCUGCAGACAACUUUGAAACCUUCAGCAUGGGAAACGGCAGUCACGAGUCUGUGGAAAUCCACGAUUUUAAAGCCGGACUAACAGGGAUACGGUUCGCUGGAGGAGAAAAGUGCUACAUCAAAACCCAAACCAAAAUUAUUCUUCCUGAUAUCGCUGCCAUCAAGAAUGAUGAAGAAUUGAUUAGCCCGCAAGAUGAAAUUAUGCCAGCACAGUUUGAUGAGUCUCUUGUUUGGAUGGCAGCUGAACAACCAAUUAAGGACCAACAUUUUCUGCUGAAUUCAAAAGUCCUGGAAGUUUGUGGAAAUCUUCCUGUAUAUUGGCUCCGUCCAUCAUAUUUGAAAGACACAGAAUUCUAUGAUUUUGGAGAUCCGCAAGAAGUUGCUGGAGAGAACGAACAUGCGACCGAGCUCAAGUCCCAAACGAACAGGAAGCGUCCAGCUCGUGACAUUCAUGACUACACAGAGAACGAAAUCUACGUCGAUCGCAGGCUGGACGAGCAGGGUUUCUGUUGUGCCGACUGUCACCAUGGACACACACACUGCCGGCGUAUAUGUGAACCUCUGGGUGGCUAUAUGCCAUAUCCUUAUUAUUAUCGAGGCUGCCGUGUCAUUUGCGUGGUUGUCAUGCCGUGCAAUUGGUGGGUGGCACGCAUGCUGGGGAGGGUGUAG